GACCUUAACCAGCAAUUUAACAAACAGCAAGGUGGAGGCAAAUAAAAAGUGUUGUAUAGCACGUAUUAACACUCCUCUUCACUACGACAAUAUAGGGGAAAUCCAUGGCGUCCCUGGAGAGCAACGUCCCUUGCAUUAAGUUGUCGGUUGCUGUGGAAUUGGAGGGAAUGGGGAGGUGGGAAUAGAUUUGAUCAACAUGGUCUGAAACGCCCCUGUACAUUUCGGGCAUGGAGAAUUCAGACACAGAGCUUCUGACCAAGACACUUCAAGUGGAACACAAGCUUUUCUAUUUUGAUCUCAAGGAGAACCCGCGUGGCCGCUACCUCAAAAUUUCUGAAAAAACAUCCGGAUCUCGUUCCACCAUAAUUGUUCCUCUUGAUGGUGUUGCCUGGUUUGCAGAUCUCUUCAAUUACUAUGCCAGCAAUGAUGGGCAGGAACUCUAUAGCAAGGAAUUGCAGCUCGACAUCAAAGUGUUCUACUUUGAUGUCGGGGAGAAUAAGAGAGGCCGGUUUCUCAGGGUCUCUGAAGCAUCUGUCAGCCGAAGUCGGAGCACAAUUAUUGUGCCUGCAGGCAACGACUCAGAUGGAUGGUCUGCCUUCAGAGACGUUUUGGCUGAGAUCCAUAAAGCCUGCAGCUUAAUAAUACCAACCCAGCAGCAGCAAGCAAGUGCAACAUCAGAGCAAUUGCAGUUGCGAGGGUUGUCAGAUCCAGUAGCGCCAGGAUUCAUAUCAGUGGGGAGUUCACAGGAAAACUCUGUGGAUGGGGGAAUGGGGGACAAAUCUAUGGGUUUAGCUGGUGGAGAGAGUGGUGGAGUGGUGAUGGCCAAAGUCAUCAGGGCAGAGCAGAAAAGGUUUUUCUUCGAUCUAGGGAGCAAUUCUCGCGGCCAAUUCCUCAGAAUUUCAGAAGUGACAGGAUCAGACCGUUCAGUUAUCAUACUUCCUGUAUCUGUAUUAGAACAAUUCCAUGAUGCGCUGGGUCAGUUUGUUGAUAUCACUCGAAGCCAAGGACUCACAGGAUCAAGUCUUCCAAAUGUGCGUACAAUUGCAUCUGCAAAUAGGCGAAGUGAAAACUAGGUGUUUUUCAGAGUUAUAACAGUAUUCCUUAAAAAUGAUUUGCCUUCCUCAAUUGGGGAACUGGAUUUUGUAUUUGACAGAGUGGCAAACUUGCAUUGAUGCCACUGUUACAAAAUGCACCUCCAGGAACUAAUAAGGUUUCAACCUUAACUUACAUCAUAUGGUAUAGCUGUUCACAGGAGCCUAAGAAGCCUUGCAAUUUUAACCUUCCAUGCAGUUAUUUAGACUAUGAAAUCUUUUAAUAGAUUAUAUUAUAUGACUUUUGACAGGAGCCUGAGCAGCCUUGCAUUUUUAACCUUCCAUCCAGCUAUUUUAUGAAAUCUAUUAUAACAUCUUUAAUAGAUUGUUACUUUCCAUGAA